UCCCUAAAUCUCUCUCCGCCGCUCACACCGCCCCGUCGCGCCGCUGAGAUGACACGCCAGUGGCUCCACGCGGCAGGUUUCACCGGAUGAAACAGUCUUUUAGGCGAGCGCCGAGUAUGUCGUGGAAGUACAGUUAACGGAGAGCCCCUUAUAAAUGGAUUUUCCCUCCGAGCUUUCCAGAGCUCAGCAGCGAGGUCUCUGUUGGGGAGGAAAGACGCCUUCCGCGGAGGAGAGGAACCAAUCAGCCGGGGCCAACCAAAGAUAAACAAGCCUUAUGAAUACACCAAACUCUCAGGAAUAUCCAGGCUGCAUGCAGCCCCUGUGAACUAUCAUGCUCGCCUGCAUCCAGAGACGGCAAAACUUCUCAUCGCAGCGUUUGACCUGCACGCCCAAAAGCCUCAAUGUCCCACCGCCGCCGUUACUGCUGCCGGCAGCACCGCAGCAACCAUGCAGCCAGAAAGGUGAGCCAGCCUCCGUGACAUCUCGCUAUCCCUCUCCUGCAGAGUUGGAUGCUUUUGCCCAGAAAACCGCCAACAGUCCGCUGUCCAUCAAAAUUUUCCCAUCGGACGUGCGGGUGCCACAGCAUAAACAGCUCAACAAAACGGUUAACGGUUUAGACACGACGGGCCAGCGCUAUAGCCCGUACUCGCAACCGCACUCGAGAGGCUAUCAGGGUUUGCUGGCUGUAGUCAAAGCCUCUGUGGUGGUCAAAGGUGUGGUGAAAACCUGCGAGGGCAGGAAGACUAAACAUGCAAACUCCCAGACGUCCGUGACCCCGUACAAUAAUCCUCAGACUAACGGCUACGUCGUCAGACAUGGGCAUAAAGCCUAUCAUAUAAGCUCAUGUAAGCCCACUGAUGUACCCAAUGAAACACUUUGUUCCACUGCAGGAAUGGCCUCCAGAGAUCAGAGCCUGGCCCCCCAGUCUGAGCUGGCAGAAGUUCAAAGCUUGAUGAGGAAGAUAAGUCGAGUUCCCCACAGCCAGGCCCUGCAGCUGGGGGGAGAGGCUGGCGUCAGCCCCUCGCUGCAGGCCGUCGCAGCGGUGGCCCAUUCAGACUCAGACUUUGCUUUAGGCGUGCCGCCCCAGAGCAGUCUGGCGUUUGCUGGGACGGUUCCCCCCGCACAGGGCUCAGAUACGGCAAAAUGUGGAUACUUGGAGAGGGGGGAUUUCACUGUGUGGCAGCCAAAAGCUCCGAUGCAGCAGCCCUACCAGCACAGAGCAGUGAGGAUGUACAGUGCUCACAACACUCAGGGGCACCGAGCAGCAGAUGCCGGCGUUGGCCAGUCUCCCGAAACCUGCCUCCCGCCACCAUCCUCCUCACAGCUGCCAUAUAGGUGGCACCACGGAAAUGUGGGUGCUGGGCUGGAGCGAGCCAGCAGCUCCUCCUUGAGCUGCACCCCGGCGCAGGAGGAGCAGGCGGUGGGGCAGUACUUCGCCCCUCUCUGGGACAACCAGACCAGCGACUGUUACACAUCUCAGGUGUUGCCAACAGGUUCAGCCAGACCUACCGACAUGGAGCUCCACCUCCAUCAUACUAACCACCACCAGAUCCAACAGCACCCUCCUCUUCCUCUCCCCCACCCCCAAGUCUACAGCGCAGACCAGAACCUCUGCUGUGGGCUGCCCAGUUUUAGCCUGUGCCACGCUGCGGUCCUCAGCAGCAGCCUGCAGUCUCUGGAGUGCCUCAUCAGUGAGAUUCACCCCCCCUGCAUCAAAGAGCGAAUGCUUGGCCACGGGUACGAAGCCAUAGGGAUGCCUCAGCUGCUGGAGCACCAACCGCAAAACCACAUCCAGCUGCCAGUGUACAGAUAGGCGAGGAGCUGACGCGCUGCAGGACGGGAUAAACGUUCCGUUGAGACAUCUAUAGGAAAAAAGACAUGCCUUCUUUCAUUUGUGCAUGUAUUGGAUGGCUUGUUUUUUUUUUAAAUGUGCCUGACCAAGGUAAAAUGAUAAUCACGAUUUGCAAAACAGGUUAAAGCUGAGGAUUCAUGUUUUUAUUUGGGUGUUGCCAUACAAGGGGGACUGCUGUUGCAAAUCUAACACUUUGUUUUUUACAAAUAAUUUGUUGAACGAAGAAAAAUUUGGAGCAUCUAUUGUGUUUCUGCAUAAAUGAAUGGAAAGAGUCCUCUGCAAUCUGCUUUGAUUAUUUAGUUUUGGCUUGUUUUUGAGACAUCCCUGCAGCGUUCUCAACCAAAAUUGAAUGUUAAUAUACUUUUCUGGUUUCCAGUUACACAACUUUUAUUGAAAUAACGUAUUCAUGCUCAGCUUGUUAGGACUGUUGAAUAUCCAAAUCAACACUGUGGCAGUCAGGCCAAACGGGCCCUUGUGUUGUUGUUUUUUUUUGUUUUUGGUGGAAAUUUUCUAAAAGUGAAGUGUUUUUGCCAACAUUUUUAUGAAAUGAAAGGGUUUUUCUGGAAGGGUGUUACUCUGUAAUGGAGGACCAUGUUGGAGAACAUAAUCAUUUACUGUUUUCUCUGUAGGGCUAUAUAAUAUUGGAAGAGUAUGAGUGAGUAGUUCUUCGUUUGCUCUGGUUUUGUAAUACUAUGUAAAUCUAUUUAUGUUGUAAGCUAUAUAGCAAAUUGUCUAAAAUUAUAAAGUGCAAUUAUUAUAUACGAACAUGUGAGCUCUAUGAAUGAUGUUGAUGGAAUAAGUCCUUGUUUGCAGCGCGUGACCCCAUCCCCUAAUCCUGCACCCCUUUUUCUGUCUCUUCUUAAUAAGGAAUGUCAAGUGAAUUAAAUUUUCUAAACCCAGUAA